AUGUUGGUCAGCUGCUGCCAAGCGGUCGCUCACCACGAAGUUUACUGGAACUCGACCAACAGCGUCUUCGAGCCAUUCGACAACGCCAUCGACUCUCCGGGAUUCUACGAAAUCACCGCCACGCCUCAUGACGUCAUCAAGUUCCACUGUCCGAAAAGACGAGCGCGGGAAUAUUCGAUCAUUUACAAGGUGAGUGAUAAGAAAAAGGGAAGAAAAAAUGUAGGUAAUAUGAGCAAUAGAGAGUGUCAAGAAGUGCUGCCAAAAAAACAGAAAAAAAUGUGUUAGAUCGAAAAAAAUUUUUUUAAUUCAAAAACUUCUUUUUCAACUUAAAAAAAUUUGCCUCUGUUUAUCGCGAAAAAGUAGGGAGAAGAGAAAUUUGAAAAAAUUUAUAAAAAAAAAAACGUUGAUCUACAUUAAAACAUAUUCUGAUUGUCUGUUCAGAUUUGGAAUGUCAAGUAGAACCUAAACCCAAAUAACGCAGAACAAGUCUGCGCCUAAUGACGUCAUUUGGAUUCGAAAAUAAUUAAUUUCUGAGCAAUAUUUCUUUUCUCAAAGCCUAGACCAUUUAUGUAGGAGAGAGAAUUGAAAAAAAAACCGAUAUUUUAAGAAUACGCUUGUUUCGGCAUUAUUUUCAAAUCUGGAAUUUUCGGUGGUCCGAGAUGAUUUCGAAAAAUGCGCUCUGUCGGACUCAGCGCAAAGAGUUGGAACCUGCGAUGGCUCCAAGCACUCCCACAUCCAUCGGCACCUUCUGAAGGACGACGAACGAGAAUAUCACUACUUCAUCUGUUAGUUCUUCGAUCUGCUACAUUUAUUUCCAUGAGAAGCUCUUGUAAGCUUGAAGUUUCAGGGAAAAUUCGUUCAAAAACCAAAGUAGUUUCCUGGGAAAAAAAAGUUAGAGCUACAGUAACACUCCAUAUUCUGGAGCUAGGCGAACAUUCACGUAUACGGUAAAUUUGCUCAAUUUCUCCACUUUUUGGAGUCUACCUAAGCUCUGGACCUGGCAAAACUUUUAAAAGCACUUUGAAACCUUUAAAAUGAAAAAACUUCAGCGACGUCUAACGGCACUCUGGAAGGACUUCAGAACCGCCGGAUGGGCCUCUGUCUGAACAAGAACAUGCGACUCGCCGUUCAUCGAGAGGUCCCUAAAAUCGGAGGCGUUCAUGUACCUCUUGCCGACGUCGAAGUCGCCGCCGAUCGCCGAGAGGCCUAUCUCGCCGAGGAGAACGGAGAGCUCAAUUGGAAGAAGGACGUUAGGCCCGGUCAGUUUAGAAACUCUUCUUCUGAGUGAGCAGUUCAGGUCCAAGGGAAAAAAAAUCUAUAGGCUCUCUCUUUUAUAAACGAUUUAUUUUCUAUUUUUCAAAUGGCGAAAGGCUCAUACUCUUUCAGAAACUUCUUCCAAUCUAGGAGCUAGGAAUCUUUUUUUUCAAAUAUUAUUAUAUUCAGAAAUCUUGCUGGAUCUGCAAGAGAAGUUCGACAAAUCGCGUCAAACUGAGCCCGUCGAGCUCGAGGAGGAAAAAACACUGCCAACCGACAGGGUUUGGUGAGUUCUGCACGCAUGUUCAAGGCGGCCGGUCGUAUUACGGGAGUCAAGCUAGAUUUUUCGGGAAUAAAAUGAAGACUUUUUUACUUUUUGUGACGUAACUUAUCAUAAUGUGCAAAAGAAAAAGAAGUUGCAUCCCUCUCUCUCUCGUUCCUCCGAAUUAUAAAAUAAUUUCAUGAUACCAUCAAAAUUGUCAUUCCUUGUGAGAAAAACAGGAAAUUCAAUCUGUUUUUUCAUAUUCCUUCCAAUUUAUUCCAUGCGAUCAAAUCUUUUUCACAGAACACUUCCAAAUAACUUUCAAUUUAUCUUAUUGAAAACCCAAAUUUUCAGAUCUCAAUUGACCUCAAGGACGAAAUGAGCGCCUCAAGUGGUUCGUUCAUUUUCUGUUUGAAAGAAAAACGCCUCAAUUCGAAGGAUCGAUCCAUUUUUUUGCAGGAAAAUCUCUCUUCUUCGCCAUGACAAUGGCUGCCGUGGCCUUGGCGAUGCACUGA